UGGGGGUGUUCAGAGGAUAAAGGGAACCGAAUCAGGUGGGGGUGAUCUCAACUACCAUUAGCUCCAUCCUCUUCGCCCAAAUUUCUGUUGCAACCACCUGAGUGGGAGAGAGCAACAGCAGCCUCAAAUGUAGAGGAACAACCUCGAAGAAGAAAAAUGCUAAGCGCAACAUUACCCACCACCGCCACCGGCACCACCACCAGCAAAGAGGCCCGAAAUCUCUACUGCCUCUUAGCCACCUCUCUGCUUUCUCUACUCUUUAUCCUCUCCUUUUCUUCGUCUACCAACCCCGCUUCUUCUUCUUCUUCAUCUGGGUCUUCUCCAUUCGCCUUAUCCUCGCAUCAUCUUCAACAACAACAGCCCAAUUCGCUCACCCCAACACCCCCUUCAAUUGCCUACUUCAUCACGGGCUCCAAUGGCGACUCCGAGCGCAUACUUCGGCUCCUCUUCGCCAUUUAUCACCCAAGAAACCAAUACCUGCUCCACCUCGAUCUCACCGCUAAUCAGUCCCAACGUCACCAGCUCGCUCUCUCUGUACAAUCCGUCCCCAUCUUCCGUGCCGUUCAGAAUGUCAACGUCGUUGGCAAAGCCGAUUUUGCUUACUCCCGUGGGUCCUCCGCCAUUUCCUCUACUCUCCAUGGUGCUGCCAUUCUGCUCCGCUUCUCUUCCAGUUGGGAUUGGUUCAUUAACCUCUCUGCUGCAGACUACCCUCUCGUCACCCAAGAUGAUCUACUCCACAUAUUGUCGUUCUUGCCAAAAGAUCUAAAUUUUGUAAAUCAUACCAGUCGCAUUGGGUGGAGAGAAUCUCGGAGAAUGAAACCCAUUAUUGUUGAUCCUGGUCUUUAUCUUUCCGCUAAGAGCGACAUAUUUUACGUUACACAGAAGCGGGAGUUGCCGCAAGCUUAUAGAUUGUUCACAGGUUCAGCAUCUGCUAUUCUAAGUCGCAAGUUUGUGGAGUUCUGUAUCUUGGGUUCAGACAAUCUACCAAGGGUUCUACUCAUGUUCUUCUCAAAUAUGCCUUCAUCACUUGCCAGCUACUUCCAAACCGUACUGUGUAACUCUCAGGAGUUCAAAAAGACAACAGUCAACCACAACCUGCAAUAUGUGUCAUGGGAUAAGCCCCCCAGACAGGAGCCAUGCAUUCUUACUCUUAAUGACUUUGAUGAGAUGAUUCACAGUGGAGCAGCCUUUGGUAGUCAAUUCCUCCAAAAUGAUCCAGUUCUUGACCGCAUCGAUGAAGAGAUCUUGAACCGUACUGCUGGUAAGAUCAUCCCUGGAGGUUGGUGUAUAAGUGACUCCAAUAAUGAUCCAUGUACAGUUUGGGGAGACACAGCUGUGCUCAGGCCUGGUCCAGGGGCCAAAAGACUUGAAAAACGAAUUGUUGAAUUGCUCUCAAAUGGUACAUUACAUGUUAAUCAAUGUUCUGAAACCCUGACCGAGGAGGAUAGUCAGACUGCCCAGAAUGUCACCUCGGACCAAAACUCGGUUGACUGAAUAGGCAGUUGUUUUAAUAAAGGAUUAACCAAUACUUCAAAAUGUCUGAAAAUUAGCGUUUUUUCCUCGGUUUAUAAUAUUUUUACUUUAUAAUUAUAGGGUUUUUCCUUCUUUUGUCUUUCCUAUUCAUACAGUUGGGUGGUUGGGUUGGGCGGUCAGAUUAUGAUCCACAUGCUUUAGCAGGUCAACAUUGGUUCCAAUUAAUGCACACUUGAGCGUC